GCUCCCCCAGCUCGCCCCUGCUCCCCCCGCCCGCGGGAGCGCCGACUCCGCCUGCCGUCCCCCGCCCGCCGCGGCUGCCGGGAGUCCGGGGCUGUGGUGCGCUUGGGCGCCAGGCUUGGGUAGCUCGGAGAGGCCGUGGACCUGCGUCUGCCCCGCGACCGACCAGUGCCUUUGGCUUUGUGAGACCCCAGACAGGACACCCGUCUCCUCCAGAGUCUCCUCCAGAAUGAAGGUCUUCCUGCCGGUGCUGCUGGCAGCCCUGCUGGGCGUGGAGCAAGCCCGCUCCCUGGUGUGCUUCUCAUGCACGAAUCAGAACAGCAACUUCUAUUGCCUGAAGCCGACCAUCUGCUCGGACUCCGACAACUACUGCGUGACUGUGUCCGCCUCCGCCGGCAUCGGGAAACUGGUGGACUUCGGCCAUACCCUGAACAAGGGCUGCUCCCCGAUCUGCCCCAGCCCCAGCGUGAACCUCGGUGUGGCGUCCAUCGGCACGUACUGCUGCCAGAGCUUCCUGUGCAACAUCAGCACCGCCGGCCGGGGGCUGCGCGCCAGCGCCGCCCUGCUGGGCCUCGGGCUCCUGCUUAGCCUGCUGUUGGCCCUGCCGUGGCUCGGGCCCUGACCCCCCAGCUCAGGAAGGAAGGCCCGGCCCCUCCCAGACCCCAACACGACGUGGAAGCCUCUUCCUCUGACCCCUCACCCUGCUCGAGCCCACGGUCAGGCCUGCCCCCUGCACCCCCACCCCUCUAAGAGGCGCCAGCUGCCCUCCCUUCUCAGGCGGUGAUGUGACCUUCCUCAGGGAACCUGGGAAGGGCUGAGGGCUGAGGGCCGGAGGCUGAGGGUCCCGGACUCAGAUCUGAGUCCUGGGGACACACUGGGAGGGGCACUGCGCCCACGGCCCUGCUCCGUCUGUCCCCAGAGGGGGUGGGAGAUGUGCUUUGUGCCACGGCGUCCGAGGAGGACCAGCGUGCUGUUUCACAGGGGACGGCAGAAGCACAGCUGUGUGGCCGGGUGGGGAGGUCAGGAGCCCAACGUUAGCAGCGGCUGAGCGCCCCCAGCCCCAGCCACGAAGCUGCUUCUCUCUGGCCUGUCUGCAUCCCACGUUCACGCACUGUGAGGGGGCCUUUUGGAAGACGGAGUUCCGGUUGCAUCUGGGUUUAGGCAGCUGGACCCAGGAAUCGGCCCCCACCCCCUCUCUCCACCCCCACAUUGGAGUCUGCCUGCUGCUUUGGUGCCUCAAAUAAACACAUGUUCUCCACCCUU